AUGAAGCGCGGAUUCUUGAAUACUGGCAAGACGAAUAGGAUCCGCUUAAAUGAUCUAUCGCAAGGCCAUCCCACCACACAUCGAUCUGGCGCAUCACCUCCAGAACAUAGUGACGCCAACUUCAAGCUUUCUUCGUUUUCCCGAACCUACUCUCGCAGUCCCUACAUCGUCAGCGCCGAUCACAGAGUUUUGGACACAACAUCGAUACAUUUCCUCUUCCAUCCUGCACCAUCCGCCGAUCUUGUCUUCGUUGACACUCUCCCCAAUAUCCUCUUGUUCGAAGCAUUCAUGUCCCGAUUACCGCCUCUACCUGCGGAAUCUCCACCAUUUAUCAUCCGUGACUGUGGCCACAAGGGCGUAGGCGUCUUUGCUCGACAUGCUAUCGGUAGAGGGGACCUAAUAAUUCGCGAACGGCCGGUAUACGUUUCCCGUCCAGGAAUUGUAACGUCUUCUGGUACAUUCUACGAAUCAGCACUCGCCGGGCUCUCUGUGUCAGCCCAAAGCUCCUUCAUGUCGAUGCGAAACGCUCAGCCCCCAGUCGUCGGGCCCAUUCUUGGCCGCAUCCAAACGAAUGCAUUGGCAGCAAAACCGCCGUUUGGCUCGGAAGUCAAAUCCCAUUACCCCGCGCUAUUCCCCCGGCUGUGUCGCUUGAACCAUGACUGCACCCCCAACACGCACUACUCCUUCUCGACCGAGACGUUUAGUGGACAGCUCUUUGCCGUCCGGCCAAUUCAGGUUGGUGAAGAGUUGACUUUGGGCUAUGUCGACCUUGCUGCGCCGCGUGAGAUAAGGAAGAAGGGGUUGAGAGCCAAGUACAUGUUUGAAUGCACUUGCUCGACAUGCGAGUUGCCGGUAGAGCAGGCGCUCGUCAGUGAUAUACGCCGUCGCGAGAUUGCUCGCUAUUUUCUCAAGAUGGCGGAUGGGAAGAAGAUUCCGGACGGCGCAACUCUAGGUGAAGCAAAGCAGUUGAUCCAAUAUGCGCGAGACGAAGGACUUACAGAGGCCCUGUCGAUCCUUCUCGUUUCGGCCUUGCGAAUAGCCCGAAGGGACGGGAACUAUGAAGAGGAGCUGAAGUGUGUUGUUGACAGUGUUAGCUGCGUCAGAGCGUUAGAGGGGAACGAGGCAAUGACAUUUCAGGCGAUGGCUCGCCGAUUUGGCCUCACGCCAGGUGAAUUGGGUCAGGUUUUGGAUAGCGAAGAGCCCAUUGACUAUGGUAGAUUUCGACCCUUGCUCCGUUGA